UAAAUGUGUCUGUUACUUGGAAGUGGUUAUAUUGACAGGAGGCCGCCUUAGAAAAGUUAAAGUAAAAAAACAUGUGUUUUCUCAUUUUCUUUGGACUUGGUUAACAUUGGUAAUAGCAUUCUUUAUAAUGUAAGAAUAUUAUAAUAUAAGAAAUACAGAACAAUUCUUUAAAAAUGAGUAAUUCUGACAUAUUUUGUUAUUGGUUCAUUAUAGUCUUGUUUUAGUCUAUAUAGUCUAUAGUCUAAUUUGUUUGCACACUUAUAUGUUCAUGAGUGAAAAUAACAUGUUUAAUUAAUCUAAUUCUAAAAACAAAUCUUUAUUACAGGUGACACAAAAACCGCAAAGCAGGUAUAAUGUCGUCUGUGCUGUCAGAAUCUUCUGUUAAUUCAACCUUUGUUCGUCCUUCGACGUUUUUCAUUAAUGGCUUUUCUAAUAUCCCACAUGGAAAGUACUAUUAUGCGUUUUUGUCUUUGGUUUAUGCUGUGACUGUUUUUGGGAAUUCUUUUAUCAUGUGUAUCAUCUGUUUAGCUCGCAGACUUCACACAGCCAAAUAUAUUGCUGUCUUUCACUUGGCUUUUUCUGAUCUGUGUGGAAGCUCAGCUUUGAUUCCAAAGCUCAUAGAUAUGUUUUUGUUUGAUUAUCAAUACAUUUCAUAUGAAGCCUGCUUGGCAAAUAUGUUUUUUGUAUUUCAUUUUAUGAACCUGCAGUCUUUAACGCUACUUGUCUUGGCUUUUGACAGACUAAUUGCUAUUUGUUUACCUCUAAAGUACCAUUCCAUCAUAACUAAACGAGCCAUGUGUCUGAUCAUAGCAGUUAUGUGGAUUUUUUCUGUGACUCUUUUUGCUAUAGUCGUAGGUUUGCUCACUAGACUUUCAUUUUGUGGAUCCACUGUGGUCAAUAGUUAUUUCUGUGAUCACGGCCCUAUUUUUAGACUAGCUUGUAAUGAUAAUUCCUUAAAUCAAAUUAUGGCAAAUAUUGGCUUUGGUCUAUUGUUGUGCCUGCCACUGAUAUUUAUAAUCAUCUCAUAUGUUUGCAUCGCUGUGGCUUUGCCUAAGGUCACUCAUGGUGGUGACCGGACCAAAGCCAUGAAAACCUGCACUUCCCAUCUCAUGCUGGUGGCAAUUUUUUAUCUCCCUAGUGUAAGUAUCAAUAUUUUAGCUAUAACAACAUCUCUAAAUACAAAUACCCGGAUAAUUAACAAUUCCCUUUCACAGACAAUGCCACCGAUGUUAAAUCCCAUCAUAUACACUCUAAAGACAGACGAGGUCAUGCAAUCCAUAAAAUAUCUGUACAAACGAAACAAAGUGAAAGUUACAAUGGAACGAAAUAUUAAACACACUUGGAGAAAUUAAAAAAUUGUGAAUACAUUUUUUAUUUCAAGCCUUUUUAUCAGUAUGUAAGAAAUUAUAUUUGAUCUUUUACAUUGUCAGAUUUGUAUUAUGACACUCUGUCCUUGAAUGUUGAUAAAAAAUAUUAAUAUAUGAAUAUAUAAUGUAUUAAUAAAAAUGACUGUUAGCAUUCAACAAAUGUUCAACAUUAACACAGUUGGCUUACUUUCUGUAUACUGUACUGUAUGUAAUAUACCAUUUAUCAAACUAUAAGAAUCAAAAACCCCUACUGUAUUUGGACUGCAACCUUAUGGUUUACUUUGUUCAAUAAUAUAAAUAAUUUUUUUCUUUAAUUUUGAUGAUUAUAACUGACAACUAAGGAAAAUCCCAAAUUAAGUAUUUCAGAAAUUAGA